UCCCUCUCUACCUGACCAGUAUAGGCCAAACUUGAACUCAGCCAUGGCGUUACACUUGACUCAGUCCCGGCGUUUGCAGCUGGUGAUACUGAUUUCCCUGUCUUUCUUCAUUGCAGAAAUCUCUGUUGGAUUCUACACACGUUCUCUUGCCGUCGUUGCAGACGCCUUCCAUUAUUUGAAUGAUAUGAUCGGAUUCAUUGUCGCAUUCACUGCUCUGAAGAUCUCAGCGAAGACAGAUUCACCCCAGGACCUAUCCUUUGGCUGGCAGCGGUCUCGGCUCCUCGGUGCGUUCUUCAACGGCGUCUUCCUUCUCGCACUCGGGAUCAGUAUCUUCCUCCAGUCCAUCGAGCGCUUUGUCUCCAUUCAAGUCGUGGAACAGCCCAAGCUGGUGCUUAUCAUCGGCUGCGUGGGUCUCGGUCUCAAUCUCAUUAGUGCCUCCUUCCUUCACGAACACGAUCAUUCACACGGCGAAGUCCUCGGAGGAACGGAACUCCGAACGAAUGCAGAAAGCGGCACAGAGCAGGUUUUCGCCCUACACGACAACCAUCGUCACAACAAUCUCCAACUAUCCAAAAAGGGCUACGACCUUGGCAUGCUCGGGGUCCUGGUCCAUGUGCUGGGUGACGCCGCCAACAAUGUCGGAGUUAUCAUCUCGGCUUUGGUAAUCUGGCUUACCACGGGCCCGGCUCGCUACUACGCAGACCCAGCUGUUAGCAUGGCUAUCGCCAUCGUCAUCCUCACAACAUCCGUACCAUUAGUGCGAAGCUCGGGCAAAAUCCUUCUUGAAAGUGUUCCCAGCGGGAUCAACCUUGACGACAUCAGACAUGAUCUCGAGACGAUCCCGGGCGUUCUCUCUGUCCACGAACUGCACGUUUGGCGACUGAACCAAGAGAAGGCCUUGGCAUCGGUCCAUGUUGCGAUCGCGAAAGAGACCGUGUCCGAGUUCGUGCAGAUCGCCAAGACCAUGAGCGAUUGCUUCCACAGCUAUGGAGUCCACUCGGUGACCGUGCAGCCCGAGCUGGGGUCGACGGACUCCGUGCCUGCCGCGUCAAUGGGAACGGCUGGCUAUCGGGGCGAUGGGUCCCAGCUGUGCCAGGUCAAGUGUGGGACUACGUCCUGUGAACUGCUGACUUGCUGUGGCUAGGUCCGAGGGCUCUCUGGCACCAUGGACCGCGUUGACAUAUCGUCCGCCGGAGGGUAGUCAUCACGAACAGCGGUACGUAAGUACGGCAGUACCGCUAGACCGCUUGCGCUUAUUAUGGCUGAUUUCGAAUUCGUUUGUUGACUUGCACUUCCCUGUUCGAACUGUUUCUCCUCUCCCUGUAUAUAGAUUAAUAUGACCCAUACACUCCCUGCCACCCCUACCUUUCUGCUUCUCUGCUUCUC